ACUUGUGAAUAAGAACUGCCAACAGUUCUUCAAACGUGAGAAUUGAGCUUAACCUUUUAAACCGGUUAACUGGUUUCACUUCAUAGCUGUAAUAUCCAGCCGUACCUGUUUUCACUUUGAAUAUCUUCUGUCCGUUCACCAAGCCACUCCUUACCUCCACGUCAACAAUAUUCAUUUCCUGCACAAAGUGCUGUGGCGUCAGUGUAUCCUGUCAUAGCUGGAGAAGCUGGUGUGGCUGCUGUCCCUCCCUAAUGCCUGUUUCUCCAGGCUAUGCACGUCUUAACCAAAAUGAGCCAAUGAACUCUCUGCGCAUCUCUGUUGGAGGACUCCCAAUGCUGACUUCCAUGACCAACACCACUGACUCGCGUUUCCGCAUCAAAUGGAAAGCCAUUGUGCUGGUAGUGUCAGCACUAACCCUUGUCCUCCUCAUCUACAUGCAGCUUUUGCCCUUUCACCCCCAACCCAGAGGCAAAUACGGUUUGAAGUUAAACCAUCAGGAGGUGAGAACGGAGGGCCACUAUAAUGACACAUACCCUCUCAGUCCACCAGAGCGCACGGCACAGGGCACACGCUACCGUAUAGGGGUCAUCGCGGAUCUGGACACGAACUCGCUCAGCGACAAAAAGCUGACCUGGUUCAGCUACAUGCUGAAGGGUCACCUCCUGGUGUCAGAGAGUGGAGACACAGUGGCGGUCGAAUGGGAUCAGGACAGGGUGGUCUUGGAAAGCCAUCUGGCAGAGAAGGGUCGGGGCAUGGAGCUCUCCGAAUUAGUGGUGUUUAAUGGCAAACUGUACAGCGUGGAUGAUCGUACGGGUGUUAUAUAUAACAUAGAUGGACUUAAGGCAGUGCCCUGGGUCAUACUGCCAGAUGGCGAUGGCUCUGUUUCAAAAGGAUUUAAGGCUGAGUGGCUUGCAGUAAAGGACGAGCACCUAUAUGUGGGGGGUUUGGGGAAGGAGUGGACCACCACCAAUGGGGAAGUGCUCAAUGACAAUCCUGAGUGGGUAAAAGUGGUGGGAUUCCACGGAGAUGUACAGCACCAGAACUGGGUUCCAAAGUACAAUGCUCUCCGCAGCGCUGCAGGCAUCAAUCCGCCUGGGUACCUCAUACAUGAGUCUGCAGCUUGGAGUGAUACAUUACAACGCUGGUUCUUUCUUCCACGACGUGCUAGCAGUGAGCGGUAUGAUGAGACAGCAGAUGAGCGACGGGGCACCAAUCUAAUGCUCAGCUGCUCGCCAGACUUCCAGGACAUUAAAGUGAGAAACGUUGGUCCCCUGAACCCUACGCAUGGCUUUUCUUCCUUCAAGUUUGUCCCCAAUACAGAUGACCAGAUUAUUGUUGCCCUAAAGUCAGAAGAGGAUGCUGGGAAAAUCGCCACUUACAUUGUGGUGUUCACCCUAGACGGCCGAAUCCUGCUUUCUGAAACUAAGAUUGGGGACGUGAAGUAUGAGGGACUUGAAUUCAUUUAGUGACAAAAGGAUUGUCUGAAGGUAAAUACAUAACGAGGACCGGUAAAUACCAUUUAGAUGAGGAAAAUCUAGAUGUGAACAGUGAGGAGUCUUUAUGUUAAAAUAGUUGAAUGACAUUCAAAUAAUGCCAACUGGCCAUUGGUGGCCAUUGCCUAAAGUGUGGUUGUGGUUAUAGAAGCGAAAGGAACUAGGACCUUUUUGAACCUUUAUUUUGAGAGACUUAUCAGAGCCUUCAUCAAAAGUUUCUCAUAGCCAUUUUCAACAAUGACCGUUAGUGGUUUUACGCCAAUACUGUACUUACCGUGUAAUGAAUGUGACAGAAUGAAUGAAGUGAUAGACUGUAGUAUGUGCAAAAAAUAGUUUACUCUACACAUAUUAUAGCAAUUACCAUGUGGUUUUGUUGAAUGUCUUUUAUUAAUUGUGCAUUUUUUUUUAACUUUCUUGAUCAGUGUCUUAAGCAGAUCAGCUACUUUUAAAAAAGAACUGAACUGUCACAAAAAUCGAUUUUAUUUUUCAUUGAUGCACCAGAGUUAUUUAUUUGUUGUUGCUGUUUUUUUUUUUUUUUUUUUUUUUUUUUUUU